AUGGUCACGGCGUCCACCACGUCGGCUGUGCCCCAGCCCCUCUCCCAACCUACGCCGCCCGGCAACGGCAGCGAGGAGGAGCCGCUGGACGCCCGGGACCCGCUGCUAGCCCAGGCGGAGCUGGCCCUGCUCUCCACAGUCUUUGUGGCUGUGGCCCUGAGCAACGGCUUGGUGCUGGGUGCCCUAGUGCGGCGGGGCCGGCGGGGCCGCUGGGCGCCCAUGCACGUCUUCAUUGGCCAUUUGUGCCUGGCCGACCUGGCCGUGGCUCUGUUCCAAGUGCUGCCCCAGCUGGCCUGGGACGCCACCGACCGCUUCCGUGGGCCCGAUGCCCUGUGCCGGGCUGUCAAGUACCUGCAGAUGGUGGGCAUGUAUGCCUCCUCCUACAUGAUCCUGGCCAUGACGCUGGACCGCCACCGCGCCAUCUGCCGCCCCAUGCUGGCACACCGCCAUGGAGGCGGAGCUCGCUGGAACCGGCCGGUGCUGGUGGCCUGGGCCUUCUCGCUUCUCCUCAGCCUGCCCCAGCUCUUCAUCUUCGCCCAGCGCGACGUGGGAGACGGCAGCGGUGUCCUCGACUGCUGGGCCCGCUUUGCCGAGCCCUGGGGCCUCCGUGCCUACGUCACCUGGAUCGCCCUGAUGGUGUUCGUGGCACCUGCCCUGGGCAUUGCCGCCUGCCAGGUGCUCAUCUUUCGGGAGAUUCACGCCAGCCUGGUGCCGGGGCCGGCAGAGAGGGCCGGGGGGCGCCGCGGAGGGCGCCGGACGGGCAGUCCCAGCGAGGGAGCCCGGGUGUCGGCGGCCAUGGCCAAGACCGUGAGGAUGACGCUGGUGAUCGUGAUAGUGUACGUGCUGUGCUGGGCGCCCUUCUUCCUCGUGCAGCUGUGGGCAGCGUGGGACCCGGAGGCGCCUCGGGAAGGGCCCCCCUUCGUGCUGCUCAUGUUGCUGGCCAGCCUCAACAGCUGCACCAACCCCUGGAUCUACGCUUCCUUCAGCCGCAGCGUCUCCUCCGAGCUGCGAAGCCUGCUCUGCUGCGCCUGGACGCGUGCCCCGCCUGGCCUGGGGCCCCACGAGGAGUCCUGUGCCACGGCCAGCUCCUUCCUGGCCAGGGACACCUCCUCCUGAGAAACGAGGGGCGCCUUCCUUCCAGAGGCUCCACGAAGCUCAGCCACCUGCCUGGGGACGGGCUCCGCGAUCGCGCGGGAGUCC